AUGGCUACCCCGCCUGUACUAGCUUUCGAUGCUGAGGGCCGCCCAGUGAAAUUUGACACCUGGCUUGAUGACCUGCACCUCUUCCUACAGCUCACUGCCAAGGAGGAUAUCUCACUGUAUGACCACGCCCUCGGCCAUGCUCCUGCCCCUGCUACUGAUGCUGACAGCACUACCCGCUCACAGUGGCAGACUCGUGACGCCCACGCUCGCUUUGCCAUCCGCAACUCCCUGCCGUUAGAUGAGCGCGAGCACUUUGGCCAGUGCAAGACUGCUAGGGACCUCUACACCGCUGUAGUUGCCCGUUACUCCUCACCCGCUUCUGCUACGCUAGGCCGCCUCACUCUUCCCUACCUGUUCCCCGACCUAGCCUCCUUUCACACUGUCGCAGACCUCAUCACCCACCUUAAGACUAGUGAGGCCCGCUUUCGCGCUGCUAUGCCUGCCGAGUUUCUCACUAGCAACCCCCCCCCGCUCUGGAUCACUCUCUACCACAUCGUCACCCGCCUCCCUGACUCUCUGCGCGCAGCACCUCUCGUGGCGACCCCCGCACCCCGUUCUUCGAGGGGUGUUCCCCUUCCCCCCUCCUCCCCUCUGUCGCCUCUGCUGCUGCUGUCGACCUUCUUGGUGCUGAGAAGGUCGGGACCGCGUCUGCUUCGAGCGGGCGCCGCAGGGGCAAAGGGGGCAGGGGCGGGGGUGGCGGCGGAGGAGGUGGGGGUGGAGGCGGUGGGAGUGGAGGCGCGGCUGAGGAGGCUAGUGGCGGUAGUGGGGGAGGCGACAGCAGCGGCGGGAGUGGUGGCAGGGGCGGAGGCGGCAGCGGAGGCGGAGGUGGUCGUGGUGGCGGCAGGGGUGGAGGUGGCCGGGGCGGAGGCGGAGGGGGUGGUGGUCGUGGGGGCACUGGCGGAGGGCAGAGUCAGCAGUCCGCCCCGACGCUUCAGGCCGCCCGUGAGUGGUAUGCGCAGCGUAGCUUUACCUGCACACUUUGAUGCUAUUCUCACUGCCAUGUAUGCGAUGUCUAUUAGUGGAGAGGGUACUCAGUACUUGCGUGUUCCGCCCGACCCGGGUAUUCAGGCCAGUCCGGCUGCCGCUCUAGGUGCUAGUGCGUCCGCUCCCGCAGGUCCUGGUGAGGCUGCUGCCCUAGGUACUAGUGCGUCUGUGCCCCCUGGUACUGAGUCGACUGCAGCACUGCACACCUUCACACUAGACUCAGGUGCUUCUCGCUCUUUCUUUCGUGACCGCACUGUCCUUGAGCCCCUCGCUCGGCCAGUUGCUGUCUCCCUUGCUGACCCCUCUGGGGGUCCGGUCAUUGCGACCUCCUCCACUGUCCUUCCUUGUCCGGCGGUCCCGUCCGAACUUGGUGGCAGGUAG